UGAAAACGACAAGCCGGACAAUGCGGAGAUGCGAGAGCCAGAGGGCGAGAAAUGUGGGCACGGAGCGCAGCGUCGAAGGCGCGCAGGCGCGCGCAGCGAGGGAGAGAGAGAGAGAGAGAGAGAGCAAGGCGUCGAGCGGGCCGCCGGUCUCGCACGGCAGCAGCAGCAGCGACGGCGGCGACGGCGGCGUCAGUCAGUCGGCCGUAGAAUGUCGCCGCGGUGGAACGUGCGCUGAAGAGACCCCGUGCACGGCUCCGCCAGCACCACGUGUUUUUGUUGUCGAGUGGCCGCAGAAUCCCGAGGAUGCUCGGUCGCCCGUCGACCGGCGCUCUUUGAGGGAACGUUGCCCGCAGUCACAUGCCAGCCGGCGAAAUCCGUUAUGAGUACAAGAGGCGACCAGUGCAGGCAUCUCUCAGGGAGAAGAUGACGCCACGCAGGCACGUGCUGUCGGCGUUGCGUCGUGCCCUCGUAGCGGCGGCGGUGCUCACCCUCGUGAUUCUCGGGCUAUCCAGUCAGGAGCGCGGGGCCAGCAACGGCACCAACACCAGCCUACUGCCGCGGCAGCACAUUAGCCUCGAGGACUCGGCGGCGAUGAGCGUGGAGGAGCGUCUGCUGGAGAUGGACCGGCUGUCGGAGAUCGAGCAGCGCAUGCACGAGAGACGCAGGUACCUGACGGAGCGCUGCGCGGAGGAGGGCCUCGACAGGCCGGGCAACGACUCGCUACACCGGCCGAACGCCUGGGAGUUCCUGGUGAACCGUGAGCACCACCUCAUCUGGUGCAACGUCUUCAAGGCCGCGUCCACCUCGUGGAUGUACAACUUCAAUCUGCUCGCGGGGUACAGCGCGCAGUUCCUGAAGGCGUCCAAGGCGGUGCCGGUGUCGCUGGCCCGCCAGAAGUACCCGAGGCCCACGGCCGAGGAGCUGGCCAGGUUCCUCAACGACAGCGUGAGCUUCCUCGUCGUGCGCCACCCGUUCGAGCGGCUGCUCAGCGCCUACCGGGACAAGCUGGAGCACAGCCUGCCGCACACCUUCCACAGCAAGCUCGGCUCCCACAUCGUGGCCCACUACCGCGCCAAGAGCCCGAAGAAUGCUGGCAAACACGGGCCGAGGUACCCGCUGUUCGAGGAAUUCGUGAGAUGGCUGCUCUGCGAGUGGAAAGCUGGCCAAGAGCUGGACAUGCACUGGACUCCGAUCACCAAUUUCUGCACGCCGUGCCAAGUGCGCUUUGAUGUCAUUGCGAAAUUCGAGACGCUUCACGACGACCAGAAUUACCUCAUAAAGCAUGCUCGCGUGGGUCACAUCAUAAAACCCGAAUGGAAAAAUCCGACUCGGGGUGUCCAGACGAAAGACGUCGUUAAGCAAUAUUUCUCACAGCUUUCCAAGACGCAAAUAAAAGAACUCUAUGAAAUGUUUAGGUACGAUUUUGUUUUGUUCGGUUAUUCCUUGACGGAAUAUCUGGAGAACGGACAAGACGAAGUAACAAAGUUAGUCUGCAAAACUAAAUAAUCUACUGCUUCUCCCAAGGUCACGACACUUUUUAUAAUUCGUUGAAUUACAACCAUCGAAAGCCUUGAUUUUAUUCUGAUGCAGGUCAAGAUAAAAAUAAAACAUACACAUAAUUACUACGGAGCUUGUAGAGCAUUUGAUUCAAGCAAGUUUUUCUAUGUAAAUAUAUUGUUCGCGCGACCCGCUCCUUCGAGCAAAUUUGUAUCGUUUGAUAUUGUUUAUAAGUUUUUUAAGCAAUGACUGUAAUUUUGAAUCGCUUGGAAACAUUUUUAAAAUAAUAUGAUACAUUGAAUGAAUAUUAAAAUUUCUAUGUGUUCAACGAAACUUGUUCAGCAGUUUAUUGUUUAAUAGAUUGUUUGAAAAAAAAAUUAGUGCUUAAAUUUGGUUAUGAAAUUUACGUCAUUAUACGCUAUUGUGAUGAAUAUAAGAGCCUACAUGAAAUAUGAUUGGGACACCAAAGAUAAAAAGUUGUAUUAAUUAAGUAUAAUGAGAUUUUAAAGCACGUUUUUUUAAUUACUAUUAUAGAUAAGGAUACGGGAUCAUUUGUGAUGCUUUGAAUACUUAAAAAUUUAUUAACUGUUAAUAUUAGUAUCUAUAUAAAAAUAAUCUUUUACUAUAAACAAUUUAGAACAAUAAUGAGUAUAACUAUAUUGAAAUAAGCUAAGAUGUAAAGGUCAAAUAAAAAGGAGCACCUAUAAUUCUGCAAACGAAGCAGAAUUUAAAUACAUUAUUUUUGUAGUUCAAAAUUGUAAAUCAUCGUUUAUACAUUUGUGAUAUAAAACAUGACGCUGAGAAUGUUUUUUUAAAGAGAUUAAAUUUAUCAUUAAUGGCUGGAUUGAAUUCAGCAGCAUUGUAGAGAAAACAAUUGUAAAACAUUUUUUAAUAAAAGCAAAAUUAUAUUUGCUUCAAAUAUGAAAAACAUAACACUACUUUAAAAAAAUUUUUCAAAUUGUACAAAAAUUGAUAAUUUCUUGUAAAAGAAAAUGCAGGUUCUAAUUUUUUCCAAAAAUGCUGCCAGUAAUCUAGGUUGUAAAAUUUUGCACUAAAUGUAUAGAAUAUAAAUAGCUUUUUUACUGGUCAAGCAACAGAUAAAAUUGUUGAUAAGUUUCUUAUCACGCAUCUCAUAACUUGGAGUAUUCAGUAUUGUAAUAAAAGUUUCAUUCUAUCACAAGAAUUGUAUCAAAUAAAAUCAGAAUGAAAAAUAUAAGCAGAAUUCUACAUGAAUUGAACGAGUUGAAAAAUUUUAAUUGUCCAGGUUAAAUAUUUAUUUCCGAACAUUGAUCAUUUUUUAUAAAGUAAAAAAAAAAAUAUACUUAUGAAAUAUAAAAAAAUAUUUGUUUCACUGAUAAUGAAAUCUAAUUGUCUUAAUUUAUUUUGUUCCUUGUUAAUAUGUAUCAUAUAAGAUACAUCGAAUAAAUCUUUCAAGUUAUUUAAUAUUUUAAGUAUAUAGUGAUAUCAAAGCCUUAUAAUUUGCAUACGAAACAUAUACUUUCAAUGAAUAAUUUUCCA